AUGUCACCCGCAAUUCGCUGCAACCCUUUGAUUGCUUUUAAUCUCCUUCGAAGUCAUCAGCUACGCUUCCUUGUCCUCGCUAUAAUAAUCGAGCCAAAGACAGAAAACAGACGAGAAAUAUCACAACUGGUGCACAAGUGUUUAGGUUUCUAGCUCCCCAUUUUGCUCUUCUUCUUCUUCUUCUUCUUCAAGGGAGAACAAGGAUAUGGCAGCCUUUGCAGGAACUCAACAAAAAUGCAUGGCUUGUGACAAGACUGUGUAUCUUGUCGAUAAGUUAACUGCUGAUAACAGGGUUUUUCAUAAGGCCUGCUUUAGAUGCCACCAUUGCAGGGGUACCCUCAAGUUAAGCAACUACUGUUCUUUUGAAGGGGUUCUGUACUGCAGACCUCAUUAUGACCAACUCUUCAAGAAAACUGGCAGUCUAGACAAGAGUUUUGAAGGAACGCCGAAGAUUGUGAAACCAGAAAAACCUGUUGAUAAUGAGAACGCCAGCAAAGUUUCGAAUUUGUUUGCUGGCACCAGAGAAAAAUGUGUAGGCUGCGACAAGACUGUCUAUCCGAUCGAGAAGGUUACGGUAAAUGGGACUCCAUACCACAGGAGCUGUUUUAAGUGUACCCAUGGAGGUUGUACUAUAAGCCCAUCUAACUACAUUGCACAUGAGGGAAAACUCUACUGCAAGCAUCACCAUAUCCAACUUUUCAAGGAGAAGGGAAACUACAGUCAGCUUGAGAAUGAACGUGAGAAAAAUCCAGUCGUCAGCAUCACUGCUGUAGAAAUUGCUGCUGAAUCAUAAUCAACUAAACACUACUUGUCACCAUCUUUAGCUAUUGCUUUUCAUGUCCUUCCUACCAUACAUGGCAGUUCAGUUUCUUCAUGGUUUUUCUUCUCUUCUGUAUGUCAAGGAUUAGUUUUCACUUGUAAGGUGAGAUGUGUUGGUUUCUUAUGGCUGUAAUUUUGUUGGGACUAUGAUGUAUCGUUGAAUUUUCUGCCAAGAUUUAGUAACCUAAGAUACUUCGUGGCACAGUUUGUAUCCUCUGUUUCCUCAAAAUAUGUAAAGAUUGUGGUGUCCUGAACAA